CACGUUUCUGUUUUGACAGACGUCAAACGUUUUGUUUUCGGCAUUUGUUAUUACAAGUCUAAUAAGGCUUUAAAAAAUUUAUAUAACCAUAAAUUCGAAAACAAAUCGCCAAAAUGCAUACAGAUUUAUCCCCGCACUUGCACACAGACACGUGCAAUAAUUUGAUUCAACAAUUACAAGAGUGUCACAAAGAGCAUUCAUUUGCAAGAUUCGUUGGAAUUUGCAAUAGCUUCGAUACGGCGGUCACAAAAUGUCUGAAAGAGGAAAGGCUACGACGAAGGCAACACAAUUAUGAACAAUCUUUGCAAAAGAAAGCAAAAUUAAAAGAACUGUUUCAACAAGAUCGAAAACAAACACAGGAAAAGUGAUGCUUGGAUGUGAAAGUGUGUACAUAAUGUUAUACAGUGAAACCUGUCUAUGCCGGACUCUGUAGAAGGCGGAAAACUGCUCAUCGCGGAAAUUUUCCGCAGUCCCGUUUUUUCAAAUACCUAAUUUAAUGUAUUUUGGUCCGUAUAAGCCGGAAACUGUAUAACGCGGAAACGGAAAAUAUUUGUAAGUCCCAACGUGUCAAAAUACAUCCACCCAACUCUGUGUAAAACGAAAGCGUGAACAAAGUUGAUGAUUUCUACGAAAAAUAUAUAAUUCAAUUCGUGGACCUGCAGGUGCAUUUUUUGUCAACAGAAAAUCACUGUUCUCAAUUCUCAUUUAAUUGGUGUCUCUCGUGGUUAUAUGUGUGUUCGCAAUGGCCCAUAAAACGACCAACAAUAACAACAAAAUGGAUUUAAUUAAUGUACACGAGCAGCAAAAUUUGAGUGUUAAAGAAAUUUGCAAAAGUUCGGUUGUAAAAAACGCAAGUGUAUCAAAUUAUAAGACAUAUCCUGAAAUAAAUUAGAGAGUAAUGGCAAAGCGGUGAGUGUGUAGCCAACCUUUUGCAGUUGAGAACAAGCAUGGAAAAUAUAUCUAAAUGGCCGAAAAAGCAAAUAACAAUAAACAACUAUUUCAAAUAAUUCUUUUAUAUGUACCUAUGUAUUCAAUGUAAUAAAAAUUCAUUUCCGUUUUAUAGAGGUGUGCUUUCCGUCAUAGCCGGGUUUCCUGUAAAAGCCGGAACCCUGUUUAAGACGGAUACAAAUUUUGGACCCGCGCGAUUCCGGCAUAGACAGGUUUUACUGUAUUUGCUGUGUUUUACGAAAUGUAUGUAAAUAAAUAAAAAGCUGACACAAUUA